AUGAACAACUACAACUUGCCCUCCGACCCCGACCUCAUUGCCUCCAAGCAGCAGCAGCUCUGGGACCAAUUCCCGACGUUUGCGAAUAAAUCCGCAGAUGAUCUCGAAGACCUCCUGCGGUACGCGGAUCUUUUCCAAGCGCACAUUGACGGGUUAGAGCAGAUCCAGCUGAUGCGUACCUUGGAGUACGAGCUGCGCGAGGAGAACGAGCGACUGGCUAAGGUCAACUUGUCGUCGGAGGAUGAGCUGAAGCGGAUGCGGGAGGGCGUGGCGGAGCUGCAGAUGUUUGCAAGCUCGUUGACUACAAGGCUGUAUGAGUUGGUGCAGGAGCAUUUGGAUUUGCAGAAGCCAUAUUCGCCGGCGGUGUUGUUGGCCAGGGCGAAGAGGGAGGCGAGGGAGGCCGAUGAGGAGGCGGAGAGGAGGGCCGACGUGUUUUUGGACAAGGGCGUGGACGAGAUCGAAGACUUUGUCAGGGCGUACAAGGCGAUGAGGGCCAGGUUCCAUUCGCUCGACUCGAGGCAUAAAAUGGCUGAUGCUGCGUACCGCAGUGGGGAUCUGGCCGGCGUGCCAAUGGCCGUUGAUCGCUGA